CUCUCUCUCUCUCUCCUGAUGACUCGUUCAAAUGGGUUUUCUUCUCCUCUGUCUGUAUGUUUAAGAGGGAAGUCAAGGCAUCUUCUUUGCAUGCUCUUUUGUACACAGAGAGUUAUCCAAACCCUAGAAGAUGAAGAUCUUGAACCCAACAACCAAACACAAAUCCUUGUUUGAUUCUUUGGCUGUUCUCGUUUGGUGUUUGAUGCUGAUUGGAGUUGGGUUCGGACAGGAUUCCAAGACAGAGGUGAAAGUGGGAGUGGUUCUUGAUCUCCAAACCACUUUCUCCAAGAUCUGUCUCACUUCCAUCAACAUAUCUCUGUCUGAUUUUUAUGCAAAUCACGCUAAUUACUCCACCAGGCUUGCUCUUCAUCUCAGAGAUUCCGACAGAGACGUUGUUGCCGCCGCCGCUGCUGCCUCAGACCUAAUCAAGAAGGAGCAAGUGAUCGCCAUUGUCGGACCUCAGAGCUCGACUCAAGCAGAUUUCAUGAUCAGACUCACCAACAAAUCUCAAGUGCCCACCGUCACUUUCUCGGCGACGAGCCCUUCCCUCGCAUCGAUUCGAAGUCCUUACUUCGUCAGAGCCACUCUAAGUGACUCUUCCCAGGUCGGCGCCAUUGCCGCUCUCGUCAAAUCCUUCGGUUGGAGAAACGUCGUCGCUGUUUACGUGGAAAACGAGUUCGGAGAAGGAAUCGUGCCUUCCUUAGUCGAUGCAUUGCAAGACGUCAAUGCUCGUGUUCCUUACAGAAGCGUGAUCUCUCCAGAUGCACCCGGUGAUGCUAUUCUUGGGGAGCUUUACAAGCUGAUGACCAUGCAGACUAGGGUUUUCGUCGUUCACAUGUUGCCGAGUCUAGGGUUUCGCUUUUUUGCCAAAGCCAAAGAGAUUGGAAUGAUGGAGGAUGGUUACGUAUGGAUACUGACCGACGCAAUGACGCAUCUGAUGAGACUGAAUGAUCCUAAGAACCUCGAAAACAUGGAAGGUGUGCUUGGUGUCAGGACCCGUGUCCCGAAAUCAAAAGAGCUUGAGGAUUUCAGACUCAGAUGGAAGAACAAAUUUCAGAAAGAUCAUCCGGAAUCUGUAGAUGCAGAACUGAAUGUUUUCGCGUUAUGGGCGUAUGAUUCCAUCACUGCCUUAGCCAUGGCGGUGGAGAAAACCAGUGUAAUGAACUUAGGGUUCGGCAACGCGAGCAUCUCGUGGAAUGGCACCGAUCAUGGAGUAUUUGGAGUCUCUCGCUACAGUCCGACGCUUAUGCGCUAUCUUUCAGAUACAAGAUUUAAGGGUUUAAGUGGGGAAUUUGAUUUGAGCAACGGGGAACUACGGCAUCUAACAUUUGAGAUCAUCAACCUUAGCGACAAAGUGAUGAGAGUGAUCGGAUUCUGGACACCUGACAAAGGGCUCAUGAAGGAAUUGGACCAAAGGAACAGAACAAAGGAACGAUAUACGACAGCAAACGAGAGCCUGGCGACCGUGACAUGGCCAGGUGGGUCGAUAUCUGUUCCAAGAGGAUGGGAGAUUCCGACAAACAGGAAGAGAUUACGUGUCGGAGUUCCGAUUAAGAGAGAUUUCAAGGAAUUCAUGAAGGUGACUUAUGAUCCAAGAACGAAUUCGCCAAUCGUGAGUGGUUACUCCAAAGAUGUGUUCGAAGCCGUUCUUAGACGACUGCCUUACGCAAUCAUUCCUGAAUACAUUCCGUUCGAUACUCCAUACAAUGGCUACGGCGAUUUUGUCUACCAAGUUUAUCUUGGGAAUUUCGACGCGGCAGUUGGAGAUAUAACCAUAGCAGCAGACAGGACGAAGUACGUAGACUUCACAUUGCCGUACACUGAAUCCGGGGUGGCUAUGUUAGUGCCUCUGAGGAACAUCCGAGACAAGAACACGUGGGUGUUCCUCAAACCAUGGAGCUUGGAUCUUUGGGUUACAACUGCAUGUUUCUUCAUCUUCAUCGGAUUCGUUGUCUGGGUUCUUGAACACAGAGUCAACGAGGACUUCCGUGGACCGCCUCUGCAUCAGAUCGGAACCAGCUUCUGGUUCUCCUUCUCCACCAUGGUUUUCGCCCACAAGGAGAGAGUGGUGAACAAUUUAGCGAGGUUCGUGGUGAUCCUGUGGUGCUUCGUGGUGUUAGUACUCACUCAAAGCUACACGGCAAGCUUGACUUCGCUUCUCACAGUGCAAAAACUCCAACCAACGGUCACGAACGUAAACCAACUAAUCAAGAACGGUGACUACGUUGGGUACCAAAAAGGCAGCUUCUUGUUGGGGAUCUUGAAGAAUCUCGGCUUUGACGAGUCAAAGCUCAGACCUUUGGACUCGCCCGAUGAAGUGGACGAGCUCUUCUCCAAAGGCAGAAUCGCGGCACUGUUCAAUGAAGUGCCCUACUUGAAGAUUAUUCGCUCGCAGUACUGCACCAAAUACACAAUGGUUGAACCGUCCUUCAAGACCGCUGGCUUUGGCUUUGUGUUCCCGAAGGGCUCGCCUCUGACCGGAGAUGUCUCGAAAGCGAUUCUCGACGUGAAUGAAGGCGAAGAAAUGCGACAGAUCGAGGAGAAAUGGUUCAACAGACAGAAUAAUUGCUCCGAUCCAAACACUGCGCUUUCGUCGAACUCGCUGAGUCUCAGCAGCUUCUGGGGCCUCUUUCUAAUCGUAGGGGUCGCCUCCGUUUUAGCCCUUCUCGUAUUCUUGGCGAUGUUCUUGUUCGAACAGAGGCAUACACUGAUCCAAUCCAAUGACGAGCCCGAACAUUCAAUGUGGAGAAAAUGGGCGGUUCUGGUUAGAAUCUUCGAUCAAAAAGACAUGAACUCGCAUACCUUCAGGAAGAAUGAUAAUGUUCAGAACGUGAUCUCGAUCAAUGGGUCGCCGAAUACGCAUUGCCCCCCAAGCCCUUCGACUUCACGGAACACGCCAUGGACACAGAGUCCGUCAAGCCCUUCCAAAGGUUCGAACUUUUCUUUCUUCAGCGAGCGAAGGAGAUCCUCGCUAGUGUCGAGGGACCAACACGAAGAUGGAGAUCAUGGAAAGCUUGAACCUGAAGACGAAAGACAGAGGAGUGAGGGACGGAAUUGCAGAGCACAAUCCUGGGGAUUAGGAGUUUAAAAUAAUAUAAAUAUUCGUAAUCAAAUAAAUAUACAAUUGAACA